AUGCCUGUUCAUGCACAAACUGUACCGUACAAGAAAAUCGAACAACGUUUAAACAAAGUGAGAGAAGAAUAUGAAAAAGUGGAGAAGAAUUUAGAAGAAAAAGCAAAGAAGUUAAACGAUUUGAAGAGAGGAAAGGUGAAGGAAGAAUGUGAAGAGGAAAAGGAGGAUUUAGAAAGCAAAAUAUGUGUUCAUGUGUUUGACAUUCUCAUUAGUGAUGGAAACGAUGCAGAACUGUUUGAAUUGAAAAAUGUUUUAGAGGAAUAUCAAAUGGAAAAUUCUUCUUCAUUUAAGAUGCUAUUAGCUUUUAAUGAAGCUUAUACAUUGAUUGAUCACAAUUAUUCUGAUGAAAGGAUAAUUCUAUUACAUGAGAAAAGCAUUACAGCAAUUUUCACAUGA